AUGGAUUUAGACCAGGGCUGCGGUACACGCUCCCCUUUACAGAAGCCUCUGCAAAACGUGCUCAGCGCUGCGCUGUCGGUCCCUGACUACCAGAGGAUGCACCUCCUUCCAGACAAACGGCAGUCCAGGAAGGAUCUGAAGCUGUGGAACAAGUACAGAGUCUCCAACAUUCCUUCCCUGAUAUUUAUUGAUGCCUCCACCGGGAAGGUGGUUUGCAGGAACGGCCUCCUGGUCAUCCGAGAUGACCCAGAAGGUCUGGAGUUCCCCUGGGGGCCAAAACCUUUCAGUGAAGUUGUUGCCGGGCCUCUGCUACGGAACAACGGCCAGACACUAGACAGCAACGCCCUGGAGGGCUCGCAUGUUGGGGUCUAUUUCUCCGCACACUGGUGCCCACCGUGCCGAAGCCUCACAAGGGUCCUAGUGGAGUCCUACCGGAAAAUCAAGGAGGCGGGCCAGAAGUUUGAGAUACUCUUCGUUAGUGCAGACAGGUCAGAGGACUCCUUCAAGCAGUAUUUCAGCGAGAUGCCCUGGGUAGCUGUGCCGUACGCUGACGAGGCCAGACGGUCACGCCUGAAUCGACUCUAUGGCAUACAAGGCAUCCCAACUCUCAUCGUCCUGGACUCCAAGGGAGAUGUGAUCACGCGACAGGGGCGGGUGGAGGUGCUGAACGACAUUGAAUGCCGCGAGUUCCCCUGGCAUCCCAAGCCUGUGCUGGAGCUGACGGACUCCAACGCCGUGCAGCUGAAUGAGGGCCCCUGCCUCGUUCUCUUUGUAGAUUCAGAGGAUGAUGGAGAGUCAGAGGCAGCGAAACAACUGAUUCAGCCCAUAGCCGAAAAAAUCAUCGCCAAGUACAAAGCCAAAGAGGAGGAGGCACCAUUGCUCUUCUUCGUGGCGGGUGAGGACGACAUGACCGACUCCCUGCGGGAUUACACCAAUCUGCCCGAGGCUGCGCCCCUGCUCACCAUCCUGGACAUGUCGGCCCGGGCCAAGUACGUGAUGGAUGUGGAGGAGAUCACGCCCGAGAUCGUGGAAGCCUUUGUCAGCGACUUUCUAGCAGACAAGCUAAAACCCGAGCCCAUCUAAGGGGGCUUCUGUGCCAACAGACAUUAUUUAAAACUAGGUCUCUCUUCCGCCGCUCAUGGAUUCUCCAGCGUGUCCUCACGCCCGACCCAGUAUCCAACCUUCUUGUGGUGCCUUGUUUUACGCAGUGAAUCCUUCUCCUAAGCAAACUCCUUGAGAUGCACUUUCAGCAGGGAGUCGUUGGCGUUUGGAGACUUCGCUUGUGCUUCAUGGUGAUAUAUUCUCUAAUAACCAGGCCAGAACUGUUACCGUAUCGUUAUUUUAUACACGGCACUAGCUAGCAGGCAAAUCUUUUUGCAUGGUGUUCUUCCCAACGUAUGCAUCAGGCAGUGGAUGGGGUUCUCGGGGCUCUUUUCUUCUCCUCCUCCCCCUUCUUUCCUUUCCUAUCACCCCUGCUGACUAAGUGACUUUAAGGAAGCAAUAAGGAAACUGUCCCCUUUGCCACGUG